GGCGGGUGCCCGCGAACAUGGCGAAGACGUACGAUUAUCUGUUCAAGCUGCUGCUCAUCGGCGACUCGGGCGUGGGGAAGACGUGCGCGCUCUUCCGCUUCUCCGAGGACGCCUUCAACGCCACCUUCAUUUCCACCAUCGGUAUUGAUUUUAAAAUUAGAACCAUAGAGCUAGAUGGCAAGAGAAUCAAACUACAGAUCUGGGACACGGCAGGGCAGGAGCGGUUCCGAACCAUCACAACCGCCUACUACAGGGGAGCAAUGGGCAUUAUGUUAGUCUAUGACAUCACCAAUGAGAAGUCUUUUGAAAACAUUCGGAACUGGGUCAGGAACAUCGAAGAGCACGCCUCUCCAGAUGUUGAAAAAAUGAUCCUUGGGAACAAAUGUGAUGCAAAUGACAAAAGACAAGUUUCUAGAGAGCAAGGGGAGAAGCUUGCAGCAAGUUUUGGAAUUAAAUUCAUGGAGACCAGUGCAAAAGCAAAUAUAAACAUAGAGAAUGCAUUUUUCACUCUUGCAAGAGAUAUUAAAGCAAAAAUGGACAAGAAGUUGGAAGGCAAUAGCCCACAAGGCAGCAACCAGGGAGUCAAAAUCACCCCAGACCAGCAAAAGAAAAGCAGCUUUUUCCGAUGUGUUCUUCUGUGAGGGACACGGCCUUACCCCGAGCGUCCGCUCACUGGACUGUGCCUGUUGGGAGUGAGAUUUCCUCUGGCUGUGGACUCACCUUGUCACUUUGUGACCACCUGAAUAAGAAAUUGUUUAUUUUAGUAACUGUCUGACUCUUCAGUUUCUGGAGGUGCCACAGGUUUCUGUGUCAGGUUGCCUCUGGGCACGCGCCUUGUCUGGCAGAGGGAGCGCGGGCCGGCCGUGGCCCGUGGCAGAGCACCUUUGCUGUGACAGGCUUUGACCUUUCUGUUCACAUCUGUAACGUUUCCAAAUUAGAAAGAUUUAAGUUAUGAUCAAAAGAAGCAAGUGAAAUGCCAAUGUUGAAGUGCAGGCAGGUGUACGAGCUACAUGUGCACAUCUGUGUCUAUAGAUGCGCAUAGAGCAGUUGCAACACGACGUCAGCUAAAUGCACUUAGGCAAGCAGUGCUGGCUUCUGCCUUCUCCAGAGGAAGCUUUCUGCAUCUCCACUUCUUUGCUACUACAGAGAAAAUCCUUUAUCUGCCUAUUAUUCAGUUGUAUUCUUCUAGACAAUCCACAAGUACAAUUGAAGUGUAAAAGACAAAAAAAAUCCUCCUUAAAGGAAUCUCUAUUUUUUUAAGAAACCAAAGUGUGCUGUAAAUACAGUGGAUCCUGACCAUCAGGAAGGACUUGAUCUGUGUUAGACUUGAGGAAUUAAGUACUCCAAAUGUUUAGGGGAGAUGAUAAGCUCCAGUGAGUCCUGUGCAAAUGAUGUGUUGUCUGCUCUCAGACAAGUGGUGUUCAGGUAGGGACCCUUCCUCAGAUCUCUAACGUUAGAGUGGGCAGCUGCUGCUUUUCCAGCUGCAAACUCCAGAUCUGGCUUGAUGUAGUAGCUAGUUCUGAAUGGUGACAAGAAAAUGUCUUGCACUGCUUCCAGUUGUGUGUUCUCAUGCACACCUGCUCACAUAUGCAAAUAAAUGUUGCACAUACCAACACCUUCUGAAAAACAAACCUUUUUUUAACUGAGAUUUGCCUCGCUGCUGUGUGCUGAGCGUUUCAGGUUCCAAGCAGCAGCAAAGCUGUUCAUAGUGUGCAUCAAUGCAAAUAUUUAGUCCUCAGUGGAAAUAUUCUAUAUAUUUAUUCCUGUAAACACAGUCUAUUACAUUCCUAUGCAGCCAAGUGAAGCUCCCAGGUAGCUGCUUGCUCUCACUUCACAGGCUGUAAGCCUGACUCUUAGGUAGACUGACAAAGGAGCCAGUAAGAGCCAUCUACUUGCAAAUCUGCUGUCAAGUGAUUGGGAUUGUGGUGUGUUUGAUUCAAAUGGACAUAUCAGCACUGUCCUGCAACUCACUGGAAUUGUUAACAUGCUUUGUUUACAUUGACAACUGCACUUAAGGGUAAAAUUAAAGCUGAUUUUGAAGUUAAUGAGUUCACUCACUGCUUUUGUCUUCUUCAGGUUUGUGGUAUUUUAUUCUGGCCUCCAGGUAGCACUCAGGAGUGUUACUGCAGUUAAAGAUCUAUCAGAUUCAUAAUGAAGUUUAUCAAAAUGCAUUUUAUAUGCUCCCAACCUUCAUUAUUCUUUUUGAACAGCCAGCAGAUUACAAUGGCCUCUGUUCAUUAUGAAAACCAUACACAAAGCUUUCCUCUAACCAGAACCUUAUGGUGGGUUUAUGGUCUGUUUCCUUGUGGCUUUUCAGCAUGAGGCCUUGGUGAGAGAGCACCAUAGUGCAGAUGUAUAAAAUCAUGUUAAAGCUACUGAAGACCCUUCUAGUCAGUGUAUGCCUCAAAGCACAGUUAGUUCAGAGCCAUAGGUCGGACAAGCAACACUUCUGUCUUGAGAUAAGGAUGCUUUUGAAGAAAGACUUUGUAUAUGCCUCAAGAAACUACUGGGGCAGGGUUGGGAGGUGAUAAGGUACAGUGUCAUUUGUUGUUUUCCUACACACAACUGACUUAAUGAUUAGGUUUUGACUUAGCAGUAAAUAUGGAUUGUCUUGCAUCCAUUCUUCUUCUUUAAGACAGCCAGGUGUUGCAGCCAGGCUUCCUUCCAAAGUGACUGGAAGAACAAGUCAUUAGUCUUAAGUUGAUAGCACGGGCUGUCCACCAUGAUGCUGGGUAUUGCCUGACAACAGUGACUCAUCUUGAGAGGAGGAAACAAACCACAUUCACUUACAAGUGGAUGAAACUUGAAUUUUGGCUUUUACUCCUCAUGUUCUAAACCUGGAGGUCUUGUUCAUUCAAACUGAUCUCUGCAUGUGAAGACCUUUUGUUUAAACUCCCUCUGUUUUGUUGCACAUGUUUAUGCACCUAAUUUAUAGCACCAUUUCCUUUCACCAAACGAUUUCACUCUGUGAACAGCUCCAUUAUUGCCCAGUCUCAGGAAGUUUUAUACAGUUACUGUGACUACAGUCAUCACUGUGCAGACUUUACACAGAGAUUAAAGCAGUGUAGGCAGUGUGAAACCUAAAAGGCACACAGUAAGAGAGGAAAAGGUUAAAGACACUGCAAUUGCAGGUAUGCUUGGCUUUGUGUCACUCAAUACAGAUCUUGGAGAAGUACAGAAUAGUUGAUGUUUCCAUCACAGAAUUGAAUUACUUUGUCUUUUGAGUUGGAAUGUUGUGGGAAACACCAUGCUCAAAAGAGGUACCACGUAACUACAGGUGGCAAUGUGUGUCUGAGCUUCCUUUGAGGAGGAAAAACUCUUGAAAUUGGAUAUCAAAUUCACAAAACUGAGGAAUUUAAGUAAGUUAGAUCCAAAAAAACCCAACCAUGUGCUUACUACACAUUCCCAGUGUCUAAAUGCCACUGUCAGGUGAUUGAUAACAUUUGCUUUGUAGAGAAACAAACCCCCUUUUGAGCAUGUUCUCAAAUACCUUUAUUUAAUGAGUAUCAUGGAAUUCUGUGGUUGACCUUAUUUUUGAGGCUGGUUGCAAUAUCUCAGAGAGGCUUCACCCUUUCAGGUGCAGACCUGUCAGUAGCCCAUCUGUCAAUGAAUGGUGGAACUGCUGUUUUAACCCUUUGCCAUUUUAACACUCGUGUUGUCUAGAUCUGUGCUGACAGGCACAUCCAAUGCUCCUUGGCAUCAGACUUUUCAGCCUCAGAUUUAUAAAUCCUAUGGAUUAUUCUAAGUCUCUUUACUGCUGCUGAAAAUGGUUUGGUCUCUCCUGUCAUGUGAGAUGCUAAUCAUCUCACAACUGUCAAGGGUUUUAUUGUUGUGGUGGCAGUGUCUUUGGCUGAUGAUUGUGGUCAAAAGCUACUGUGAUUUCUUGUUCUCUUGGACUUGAAACGGCUGGUGUUUGUGCUGGAGAGGACAUGGACAAACAGCUGCCCAGGGGAUGCUCUCCAUUUGUACUAUAGAAGUUUGUAGGGGUUGGGAAAGGACAACAACUACCUUCUGUCUUCAUUUCUAGAUGAAACAAAGACCUGUUUGAUUGAACUUCGAUGCUAACACUCAGUCUGGUUAUUUCAGGCUGCCUUAUUCUCUUCCAGUGAUGGUUGGAGGUUUUGUUUCUGUAGCAAAGCCAAGCUCAGCGGGCUGGUCUCCAGCCAUUCUGCUGAAGUCACAUGCUCUACGUUGAGUGUGAGUUGAGACUUCAGACUUGGUUCUGAAGGGAACUUGAUGCAUCCCAAUAUUUUUUUAAAAAGAACUGUAAAUGGUGUUUUUAGAGUGAGCACCUUUGGCUGCCACCCUUCCCACAUGACAACUGCUUUCUUAAACACUUGUCAUUGAUUUCCAUGUUUGUAUUGAGGAGACAGCUGUGGUUUAUUACAGUAUGUAUGUUUUUACUCUCUUGUACAGGACCCUGAGCACUGCAUAAAUAAACUUCUUAUGAAAAGUGAA